AUGGCCGCCACCACGGACUACACACUGCUCGGCCCGCCGGAGGCCCGCCAUGCCGCGAUCACGGCGUCGACACCGACUGACGAGGCGUUCUCUUCUAACCCAAAAAACGGCAACGUCAUCAACAAUGAGAGCAACCCGAGAGGUCCAGCGGGGAAGACACGCACCAAGAAACGUUCGCCGACGUACGCGUCCUCCGGCGACCCCUGUCUGGACUUCUUCUUCCGCGUCCUUCCCGGUACUCCGCCGGCCACCGUGGCCAGGCUUCUCGCCGCCGCGUGGGCCGCUGACCCAGCCACCGCGCUCCGCCUCGUCGCCAACCUCCGUGGACGACCCGGCACGGCAGAGGAGCGCCUCGCGGCCAAGCUGCAGCACGAUCGACAGCUCUCGGCUGCGGCGGUUAUGCCGCGCCGGACCAGGAGGGUGGAUGCCGCGGCGAGGGCAGUCAGAAUGUACCGCCACGAUCCAACGUACCGAUUCUUGCACGACCGCACGGCCGACCUGUUCGCCGGCCUCCUCGCGGAGGACAUGCGCAAGCUCGCCGCUGGCAACGUCCGUGAACUCUCUCUCGCGGCGAAGUGGUGCCCGUCGCUGGGCUCGUCCUACGACCGCUCCACCCUCCUCUGCGAGGCUGUCGCGCGACGCCUCUUCCCCAGAGGCUCGUCGGCAGAGCUCUCCGAUGACCUCUCGGACGAGCAUUACACGUAUCGUGCGCGCGAGCGCCUCCGCAGGGCGGCGCUCGUGCCGCUCCGCCGCGCGCUCCAGCUUCCCGAGAUCUUCAUGUCGGCGCGCGCGUGGGAGUCCGUGGUGUACACCCGCGUGGCCUCCGUGGCUAUGAAGAACUACCAGACCGUAUUCCUCAAGCACGACGCGGAGCGCUUCAACGCCUACCUGGCCGACGUCAAGUCCGGCAAGAAGCGCAUCGCCGCGGGCGCGCUGCUCCCCCACCAGAUCGUCGAGUCCCUCAGCGAGGACGGCGACGCCGGCGUGGCCGACCUGCAGUGGCAGCGCAUGGUCAGCGACAUGCGCGCCCUCGGCAAGCUCACCAACUGCGUGGCCGUGUGCGACGUGUCCGGCAGCAUGACCGGCCUGCCCAUGGAAGUCUGCGUCGCGCUCGGCAUCCUGGUGUCCGAGCUCACCGACGUCCCGUGGCGCAGCCGCGUGAUCACCUUCAGCGAGCACCCACAGAUCCACAUGAUCACCGGAAACACCCUCUCCGAGAAGGUGGGAUUCAUGCGCGCCAUGGAGUGGGGCAUGAACACGAACUUCCAGGCAGUGUUCGACAAGAUCCUCGAGGUGGCCGUCGACGCCCGCCUGCCACCGGAGAAGAUGGUGCGGCGGGUGUUCGUGUUCAGCGACAUGGAGUUCGACCAGGCGUCGGCGCAUCCGUGGGAGACGGACUACGAGGCGAUCGUGAGGAAGUUCUCGGAAGCCGGCUACGGCGCGGCCGUGCCGGAGAUCGUGUUCUGGAACCUGGCCUACUCCAAAGCCAUGCCGGUGAUGUCCGGUCAGAAGGGGGUGGCGCUGGUCAGCGGGUUCUCCAAGAACUUGCUCAAGCUGUUCCUCGACGGCGGCGGCAUCGUCUCCCCGAGGGACAUCAUGGAUAAGGCCAUCGUCGGGCCGGAGUACGACAAGCUCACCGUGUUGGACUGAAGGCGGUGUGCCGCAACAAAGUCGUUCAUCUUGUCAGUCAGACAAUGCCC